AAAAUGUAAUUAACUUUCCUUGUUUUCUUUUUUUCAUACUUCACUUCGAUUCAGUUACAUCUUCUAUCCCUAAGUAAUAUCAAUUAUACUUACUUUCCAACAACCAAAAGCACAUAGACAUCAUACUACUUAAAAAAAGCAAUUCUCCAAAAAUCGAGUGAAUUGCGAUAUUUUAUUAAAAGAAAGUAUAAAAUCGUAAACAUUGGAUACAAAAGAUUUGCUUAUUACGCAUUAGUUUCAUUUUUAUCCCAGAGAGUUUUCCAGUGGUGAAGAACAUCAACGUCAAUUCAUGGAUAUUGCGGACCGGAUCUUGCAAAACAACGUUAUCUCAGGAAUUAUAAUAUUUAUACUAAGAUCUAUAACUCUGAGUCUUGUUUUUGUCACCAAAUUCUCUUUAAGUAUACUGGCAUUCGCUACUAUAACUAUACCAAAAUGGACCUAUAAAGUUCUAAGCUAUUCUUUAACUAUUCAAUUUAAUUUUAAGUCUUUACUUUUCUUAUUCUUCGUUUCCUUAUGUGCAGCUAUCUUAAUCAUCCGAUAUAGAUAUUUAAACAAAUACUCUCGACUCCCACAUGAAGCCCCCAUAAAAGAAGCCAAGCUUGGUCCUGAUGUUAGCGUGCGAAUCAGUGAACCAAAAAUUGGGUUUCAGAAUUACCUAGAUGAGUUUUUGAGUGCUAUUAGCAUAUUUGGCUACUUGGAAAAACCUGUUUUCGUUGAAUUAGCUCGCCAUAUUCAAACCCGACGAGUUGCUGUAGGAGAUACGAUAGAUCUCGAUGAACAGUCAUCUUUUAUUCUAGUUGUGGAUGGAUGCUUUCAAGUAUAUACCGCAGCAGAGCGUUACAAUGAUGAUGCUUUAAAGGAUCCAUCUGGUCUACAUCCUGAUUAUAAGCUUCUUACUGAAGUUUCAAAUGGGGCUCCUCUGUCUAGUUUUUUCACUGUUUUGGAGUUGUUCACAGAAAUAGUUCCUGAAGUUUCAGUUACCCCAAGCACUACCCAGUCCACAGCCACUCCUGCAGAGCCCUCAGACAAUCCUUUUCCCGCUAAUAGCAUAGGAAGGAAAAAAUCUGAAUCAAAGGGUGAGUUUAGUCCAAAGGAGAAAUCAUCAAUUGUUGCUAAAGCAAAAUGUGACACUACGAUAGCUGUUAUACCCGGAAGUGCUUUUCAUCAUUUGGUUCGCAAAUUUCCUAAUUCCAGUGCACAGAUAGUCCAGGUUAUUCUUACUCGAUUCCAACGUGUUACCUUUUCUACGGGAUUUGAAUACCUUGGAUUGUCGGAUGUUAUCUUCAGUAUUGAAAAGAAUUUUAAUGCUAUUACUUCCUAUGAAUUGCCGAAUUAUAUCCGUGGUGAUAUUAUCGAGACCUUUAAAAAUGAAGCGAAGUCUGAGAAUAGAAAUAAAAACAUAAAGGGUGGUAUUAUUAUAUCGCAAAAGAAGGGUCCUGCUAAUCGUAUCGGUAAUUUGAGCAGAAAUUUUGAGGGUUUUGGAUCCGAAAUUGAUCGUACAGCCGUUAAUGCAGGUGAUUUACUUUCUUCUAUCAAUCCACACGCUACUAUUUCUCAAUCAGUUUCUCCAAACAUGAAACGGUCACCUCUUCGUAGGGCAUACUCCAGAGAAGUAAGCGAUUAUGAUGUGUAUUCUUCUUUUAGGCAUGGUUUGUUACACUGCAUUUUAAAAUCUCUUGGUAUAGCCAACUACGGCAUCAAAACUGAAAGUGCUACUUCUUCAGUAGAUGAUGAACAGUCAGCUGAUCAAGAAAGUAACAAAUCCGCAGACUAUUCUGAAAAAUCCACCAAGGUCGACUUUUUGGGCCAACUAGCCAUGAUGAGUGCCGUCAGUGUCAACGAAGAAGCCAAGAGCCCCACGACAGGCAAUCAAAGGCAGUCUACAGUCCUUGAGUUUGCGAAAGAAAUUGAAAUAAUUUUUUACAAGAAAGAAACCGUCAUUGUCAGACAGGGUGAUCAUGCUGACGGUGUAUUCUAUAUAAUUGAUGGUUUUUUGGAUGCAACUUGUCCUUCUAAAAUAGCUAUAUACGGCAAUCAAGGACAAACAGAGGAACACUGCUUUAUGAUAAAACCAGGUGGGCUUGUUAAUUACCAAGCAUGUGUCUCGAAUUAUCGUUCAUUUGUAAAUGUAACUGCUAGGACGGAUGUUUUGGUGGGCUAUUUACCACGUACUGCUCUUGAGAGGAUUACUGAACAAGAGCCGCUGAUUUCCCUUAUCAUAGCUAAAAGACUUAUAUCCUUGGUUCCGCCGUUGCUGUUGAAAUUAGAUUUUGCCGUUGGCUGGAUUCAUCUUAAUCCUGACCAAGUAUUAUUUAACAAAGGGGAUCCAAGCGAUUCAAUAUACAUAGUUCAAAAUGGACGUCUGAGGUCUAUUGACGACAGUGAUUCGAAAUCAAAUUCUGAUUAUUUUGAUGAAUAUGGAAAAGGUGAUAGUGCAGGAGAAUUGGAAAUGUUAAUUGAUGCACCAAGAAGUAGUACACUAUUUGCAAUUCGAGAUUCUGAACUAGCAAAAAUUCCCCAAACGCUAUUUAAUGCUCUUUCUCUUAGCCAUCCAGCUGUUGGGCUACAGCUUUCGAAAAUCAUCGCAAAUAGAAUGCACGUCAUGCUAAAUAACAGAUUCAUGUGUGAAGGUAUUCGUCAGACUAAAGGAGAAAAACAUAGUAUACGUACAUUAGCUGUGGUUCCUUCUUCUUCGACAACGCUUCUGUUAACAUUUUCUCAAAAGUUAACGUUUGCCUUGUCCGUUUUGGGUAUAUCUGUUAAAAUCCUUAGACAAUCCUCAGUUCUAGAACAUUUAGGGAAGUAUGCUUUCAGCCGCAUGGGAAGAUUUAAGCUUGCAAGUUAUCUUUCGGAUUUGGAAGAUAAGUAUGAUAUACUAAUUUACAUUGCUGACACUAAUGUUGGGACCACAUGGUUUCAGACUUGCGUGCGACAAGCUGACUGUAUUUAUAUUCUUGCAGAAGCGGACAGGAACCCUAAAAUUGGGGAUUUUGAAAGCUAUUUGAUCGCGAUGAAGUGUACAGCCCGUAAAGAGCUAGUACUUAUUCACAAUGAAAGAUUUUGUCCUUCCGGUCUGACAAGGAUGUGGUUAAAAGAGCGUCCGUGGGUAUAUGCUCAUCAUCAUUUACAGUUACGCGCUGGUUGGGACAAUGAAAUGGUUGACCAUAAUGAUGGAAAGGAGUUUUUAAAUGUCAUUCGGUCUAAAGUUCUAAACUUUAAAUAUGGUUUUAGAAAAUAUAUUGAUUGGAAACAUUUACACCCUGUCUAUCAGACGAAUCGAGCACAGGAAAAUGAUUUUGCACGCCUGGCUAGGAGAAUUUGCGGCAAAGGUAUUGGGCUAGUUUUAGGAGGUGGAGGCGCUAGAGGUAUCUCUCAAAUUGGUGCUUUGUAUGCGUUAGAAGAGGCGGGUAUCCCUUUUGAUAUUAUUGGUGGUACCAGUAUAGGAGCAUUUAAUGGCGGAUUAUAUGCCCGUGAAGCAGAUCUAGUCCCAAUGUUCGGUCGUGCCAAGAAGUUUUGUGGAAGAAUGGCAAACUUAUGGCGGUUUGUUUUAGAUCUAACUUAUCCCCAAGCUGCUUAUACUACUGGUCAUGAAUUUAACCGAGGUAUCUGGAAAACAUUUGGUGAAAGUCAUAUUGAGGACUUCUGGUUGCCAUUCUACGUGAAUACAACAAAUAUUACUCAUUCUCGCAUGGAUGUGCACUCAAGCGGUUAUGCCUGGAGAUAUAUUCGAGCUAGUAUGUCUUUGGCAGGUUUAGUUCCUCCAAUGCUCUCCGAUAACGGGGACAUGCUACUAGAUGGUGGUUAUAUGGAUAACCUUACAGUAACGCAUAUGCAAUCCCUUGGAGCGAACACAAUCUUUGCAAUUGAUGUUGGAAGUGAGGAUUCACGUUUAGCAAUGGAUUACGGAGAUACUGUUUCUGGUGCUUGGGCUUUGUUCACUCGUUGGAUUCCCUUUAUUUCGAAGAAAGCAUAUCCUUCACUUGCUGAUAUACAGUCUAGAUUAACUUACGUUACGAGCGUUGCAAUUGGUGAAAAAGUAAAGACUACACCAGGAUGUUUCUAUAUGCGUCCUCCUGUUACGGAUUUCACCACGUUGGAUUUUGGAAGGUUUGAAAAAAUCUACAGCGUUGGGUACGAAUAUGGAAAAUCAUAUAUCGAGAAACUUCAUACGGAAGGCAAGCUUGAUGGAAAGGAAUCCUUGGAACUAAUACCCAGUACCAAAAACACUCAAAAUAUUUAUCGCUACGAAGAAACUCGCUGUAAAUGAAUGUUAUGAUCUUAAUAUAGUCUGUUGUUAAAUAAAACUUAUUGAACUACAAAAUGAAUCUGAUUUGUGUUUUACUUUUUUUCGAACAAGUAUCGUCUUCGCCUGAUUGUUUCUUUUUUUACAAUUUUCUAUACAGACCAGAUCUCUAUAAUAUAUUAAUUACUGAUGUAUUCAAAUAUAGUUUCUUUCUAUGAACACCAUUAGCUCCGAAUUGAAAAGUAACGUUGUAGCUCAUUAAAGCAGCGGUAUAUAUGUCGUUGAACGCUCCCUUACCAUAUUGACCGCAUAAGA